AUGAGCGAGACCUGGGACCCUGACCACGCACUGCCGGCCUCUUACCUGUCGUACAAGAGACAGGCAUGUGAUCGUAAGAACCGGCCCGUGGACGAGCUGUGGAACUCACAGUUCCGUGAAGAGUUCGACAAAUGCGGUCACCUCCAGUCAGAAUCAGACAAGGCAGAAUGGUCCUACUGGGCCAGUCAUUUGAAGACUGCCGACUCAACUAGCAUACUGUACAACCAUCUUCUGGGGAAGGCAGGGACUGGAGGAAAGCAUCGCCGCAUGAGCUGGGCGUGCAUCUACGCCGUUCUUUGUAACCAACCAUGGUCUGAAGAGAGCAUCAGAAAUGGUGGCAAGGGAAAGGGGUGGGCAGCCAGAGCCGCUGCCGCACACCCCAAUGCCAACAUCUGGCGGGGACAACCCAACGAAGAGCAAGCUGAUGCGGCCAUUACCGGCCAACAUGACACCGACGAUGAAGCCCAAAGCGCCCGCUACAAGAGCCAGUUAAGGGCGAAGCGUGGCAAGGCUCACGACAGGACCAUCACACAGCGCAUGUACGAUCGCAUGCGAAAGAAGGCCAAGAGUUCCAAGAGCCGCGAUACGGGCGGGGAAAUGAAGAAACUCUAA